UGUUGAUAUUGUAAGGACAACCUAUGUAUGUAUACAUCCUCGCUGAAGCCGAGUUGGCAGAGGCCUAGAUUUGAUUGCCUUUUGACAAUCCGGAGUUGGAUUUUUUCUUCCAUACCUUAAAGUGAAAGCACUCCGGAAAUUCGUAUUCCUAUUGGAUACAAAACAGCAGUUUUAAAAGAGCAACACCUAUUUGAAUUUGUUAAUAUUGCUAUGUCGACAGGCCUGAAGGUAUUACUAGAUGCAGCUCAGUAUAUUGAGCAUCAAGAAAAAUUAAAACGAUCACCAAUUCCGGCUUCAAUUGACUCUACAGAGCUAUGCUAUGUGGGCCAAUGCUCUACGGAAUUCGAUAUAUUAGGUGGCGUCAGCAACAACAACAACAACAACAACAACAACAACAACAACGUUAUAAACACAAGGAGCGCACGAACUACAACUGACAUAAUUCAACAAGUGUCCUCUUCUGCACCUGCUUCAAGUGCCACAUUUCAUCAUCUCAGCAAUGGGGUAAUUAUAACAAACAACAAUAGUUCUCUUACUGGAAGUCAAUUGGUAGUUGAAGCGAGGGCUACCAACCCUAAGCAAAACAACAACAGAACAAUAAAUGAUUAUGAAUUCACUAGAAAUAUUAGUGGUACAAUCGCAACUUUGAAAGGCAGUUCAAGAGUGUCGCAUUCUUCGAAAUCAUCAUCAACACAUACGAACAGUGCAACUGAUGAAGCAGUUAAUGAUUCAAGCAUCACGGAGGAUACAUUUUCCUCAAAAUCUAAUAAAGUGCAGGAACACCAAGAACAAUUACUCCUACAACAAAUACAAGAUGAGCAUAGUAAAGGGAACAGUGGUCCCUGUAAUAAAUCGAAAACGUAUAGACUUGUGGAAAGCGGUGGCGAGAUUGUUGUUGUGACCGCUGCUGCUAACAAGCAAAUGUUGCUGAAUGAUGGGCUGCGUGUUGCAUCGCCGGCGGCAACAUUGGGGGAUGCAUCGUCCAAAGCGAUUAGCAUACCCAAACAGACGCAGCAGCAUCACUCGGUAGCGUCAAAACUUUUGCUGGUCAACAGCACUUCCGCCCCGCAUUCAUUACGUUAUAAGUCUACCGAGCCUCUUACCCCACCACCCGUCGCGAGUAGAAAAGUUGAUGACACGCACACGCGCAUUCGCAGUUUUUCACUUUCUCAUAAAAUUCCAGCAAACCACCAACCACUUUUAAACAAUGGAGACCAUGGAGAAAUGAUCGUUGAGGACCGAAACGUAAUGCAUUGCAUUGGGGGUGACCAUUCACCGUCACGACAGAACUCGACCGGUAGUCAUUACUUACAGUUGAUGUCAGCGCAACAUGCAGCAGUGGGUUCGCAAAUAAUGCACGUGACACCCACGAUCGGCGGCAGCGGUCGGAGACGAACCAUCAGUUCCAAUAGCAAUGGCAAUAGCACUUCUGGCUAG